AUGAAGCAAUGUAUAUCAUCUGUCACUCUGGAUACCAGCCAUGUGAACAUAGGAAUAUGGAAAGAAGAAAUGCAUGAAAGAAGUCAUAUUACAGAGAAACAUUCUGAAUAUACUCAAAAUGGUAAAGCCUUUGGAUAUCACAAUCAUCUUAAAAAGCAUGAAAGAAGACAUACUGGAGAAACAGCAUAUGAAUGUAACCAAUACGAUAAGGCCUUUGAAUGUCACAGUUGUACUCAAAGGAAUGAAAGAUCCCAUACUGGAGAAAUACCCUAUAAAUGUAAUCAAUGUGGUAAAACCUUUGGAUGUCGCAAUCAUCUUCAAGUCCAUAAAAGAACACACACUGGAGAGAAACCCUAUGAAAGUAAUCAGUGUGAUAAAGCUUUUUCAUGUAACAGUACUCUUCAUGUUCAUAAAAGAACACAUACUGGAGAAAAAUCCUAUGAAUGUAAUCAGUGUGGUAAAGCCUUUGCCCAUUACAGUAAUCAUCAAAUGCAUAAAAGAAGACAUAGAGGAGAGAGACCCUAUGAAUGUAAUGAAUGUAGCAAAGCCUUUGCUUGCCCCAGUCAUCUUCAAGUCAAUAAAAGAACACAUACUGGAGAGAAACCCUAUGAAUGCAAUGAAUGUGGUAAAGCCUUUGCACAACAUGGUGCUCUUCAAUCGCAUAAAAGAACACAUACUGGAGAGAAACCCUAUGAAUGUAAGCAGUGUUAUAAAGCCUUUGCUCAUCAUACUUCUCUUCAAUUGCAUAAAAGAAGACAUACAGGAGAGGGACCCUAUGAAUGUAAUGAAUGUAGUAAAGACUUUGCUCAUCCUAGUCAUUUUCAAGUACAUAAAAGAACACAUACUGGUGAGAAACCUUAUGAAUGUAAUCAGUGUGGUAAAGCUUUAGCAUGCCAGAGUAGCUGGAAAAAGCACAAAAGAACCCACACUGGAGAGAAACCCUAUAAAUGUAAUCAGUGUGAUAAAGCCUUUGCACAACACAGUCAACUUCAAAUGCAUGAAAGAACACAUACUGGAGAGAAACCAUCUGAAUGCAAUCAAUGUGGUAAAGCCUUUGCACAAAAAGGUCAUCUUCAAAGUCAUAAAAGAACACAUACCGGAGAAAAACCCUAUGGAUGUAAUCAAUGUGGUAAAGCCUUUGCUGAUCAGAAUGCUCUUAAAUUACAUAAAAGAACUCAUACUGGAGAGAAACCCUAUGAAUGUAAGCAAUGUGGUAAAGCCUUUGCUUAUCAGAGUGCUCUUCAUGUACAUAAAAGAAUACAUAGUAGAGUGAAACCCUGUGAAUGUAGAAGGUAAAAUAAGUGGUAAAGCCAUUGCUUAUCACAGUUCUCUUCAAGUACAUGAAAGAACACAUAUUGGAGAGCAACCCUAUGAAUGUAAUCAGUGUGGUAAAGCCUGUUCACAGCACAGUAAUCUUUAAAUUCAAAUACAUAAAAGAACAUACCUGGGGCUGGAGAGAUGGCGCAGUGGUUUAGAGCACUGGCUGCUCUUCUUAAGGACCGUAGUUCAAUUCUUAACACCUACAUGGCAGCUCAUAACUAUCUGUAACUCCAAUUCCAGAGGAUCCAACACCCUCAUACCAUGCACACAAAAUGAAGUUGAAUUAAAAAAAAUUAAAAAUAACAUACUGGAGAGAAUCACUAUGAAUGUAAUUAAUGUGAUAAAGCCUAGUCACAAUAGAGAGUAAACCUAUGACUAAAUCUUUUAGGGUAUAAUUGGUCUCUCAAAGCCAAUUACAGUAUACUUUGAGGAUCUGAUAAAACUCAUACCAAAGGAAUCUAAAUAUAUAUUAAUUGGUAUGAGCUUUAGCCAACACACACUUACAUUCAAUUACACAAAAUUAUUUAUUCUAGAGAAAAAUAUCUGAAAUGUCAAUAAUUUUUUCAAGCUUUAUCAUAUUUCUCUUUAUUUUGUUUACACCUGUAAACAUAUGGAUAAAAGGUCUAUGAAUUUAAAUGAUGAGGUAACCUUUUAGAUUUUAUAUUUCUUUUCAAUAUCAUGACAUAAUGAAUCCAGGUGUAAAAUUUUAUAGAUCUGUAUUAUUACUUUUUCUUCUUCUUUGAUAAAACAUCAUGUCUAAGUGAACUUACAAAAGGGUUUAAUUUGGUCCUUGGUUCCAGAAUAAUACAUGAACCCUGUGAAAGUGGAAUGAAAAAAGUGUCAGACAUGGCAAUUGAAGAAGGACAAUAAGAAUUCAGAUCUUAUACCUGUAGGAUAAGCAAAAAAUGUAAAUUGAAAAUGGUGUGCAGAUGUAAAUUCUCAGGCCAACCCCCAGUGACAUAUUUCAUCCAAAGGGCAGCAUUUCUUAAUUCUUCCCAAAUGAUAUCAUAGACUGAAAACAAUUGAUUUAUAUGACUUCAAGCCUGCAUGCUUGCUUUCUGUUACAUAAACCAAUUCAUAAUGGAGAAA